GGAUCUCAUAAUGUAUUGGAGACAAAAUCUUCUGUUUCAACGAGGUGAAGAACGUAUCUGCAUAGUAAGCACCUUUAGUGCGUUCCAUUUCGAUGAAUUUUCCUGCAGAGACACCGUUAUCAGGGAAGAAUGGACCACGCUUGGUUAAUGGGAAGAGCAGAUGCUCUGGCCGUGUGGAAGUCCUGCACGGAGGCCAGUGGGGGACACUUUGUGAUGAAUACUUUAGCCUGGAAGAUGCUGCCGUGGUUUGUGAACAUCUACAGUGCGGAGCAGUAAAUGCAACUCCUAGAGGUGCUACCUUUAGCGAAGGAAAAGGACUAUUGUGGAAGGAUGACUACCGUUGUCUGGGGAACGAGACCCGAUUAACUGAUUGUCCAGUCUCAGCCUGGGGUCAGGUUAACUGUUCACAUUGGAAUGACGCUGGUCUCAUCUGCUCUGCUGAAAAGUGGUCUCUGAGACUGAGCGAUGGAGGAGGCCGCUGCGAUGGCCGAUUGGAAGUUUAUGAUAAUGGCACCUGGCAUAGAGUGCAGGAUAAAAUUUGGAACCUCAAUGAUGCAAAUGUUGUCUGCAGAGAACUGCGCUGCGGCUUCGCCACAUCCGUCUACACCUCCUCAAGGUACAGAGAAACUGCAAGGCCCAUGUUGGUGAUCGAUGGUCGAUGUGAAGGAAAUGAGACGCAUCUACGAAACUGCAAAACUUCUUUGUUGCAAAGGUCUCCUGCUAACGUCACGGUCGUUGGUGUCCGGUGUUCAGGUGAAAAUUUUCAAAAAUGUGCCAAUAAUAAUUUGUAA